AACGAGAUAUCGUUCCGCCUGACUAUGACAAAAAAAGCCAAACAAAAUCAAUUUGAUAAGCUGCUUGUCGAGUGGUAGGUGGCUCGUGUGUACUAUGUACUUUCGGUUUGUGACAAGAGGCUGUCGGCAAUGGUGUUCUAGGAAGUACUGUGUUGACACAUAACUUAAAUUGAUCGAGCAACAGCACAACGUUAGCGACGUCGAAACAGACCAGAUAGCUGUCAGUUAUUGCUUAAUAGGUUUCAGAUAACUCAACCAUGCGGAGAGCGACGACAAGGGACACAACUCUAUCCCCCGACUGGCAAACCGGAAAGAGCAGUACCGAGUGCAACAGAUACAUGCUAGAGCAACAGCUGGGUUGUGACGUCACGUUUGAAGUUGGCCAAUCAAAGGAGAUUAUUCGAGCUCACAGUUAUAUUCUGAAAAGUCGAAGUCAGACCUUAUGCCACUUUCUGUCCAGGCCAGCAUUUGGACUACCAUAUCCAUUGCCAAGUGCCACACCCGAAGAUCUGAUAUGUGUAUUAAGAUACUGCUAUACGGACAUGUCCCAUCUCACUAUUGACACGGUGAUCGGAGUUCUGCACUUAUCCAAGGAAUUCAACAUUGGAGCGUUGAGAGACAACUGCAUUGCUUUCAUUACAUCCCAUCUGUCUGACGACAAUGUUUGUCACUUCCUGGAACAGGCCCACCACCACCAGGAGGAGGACCUUGGCAACACCUGUGUCGAGUUAGCUUUGAAUCAUGGCGAAACAGUCAUUAGGUCCUACGGUUUCUUACACUUGUGUCACGAAUGUGUUUGGCGUAUAAUCACUCCGGACAGUCUCCGUGCAAGAGAAGUUACUGUGUACCAACGACUUCUAGAGUGGGCGAGAACAAGGCUGGAGCAAAACAACACAAGCAUCACUGACCUGAACCUCCGUGAUAGCUUAGGUCAGUUGCUUUAUAGCAUCCGAUUUCCGCUGUUGGGGAUGAAUUACUUUGCUUCCCAGAUUGCCCACCGGGACCUGCUGACCGACGCGGAGAAAGUUAGUAUCUUCAGAUAUCUAACUGGAGCUGACAGGUCAGCGGGGCUGUUCGGGACGGUCAGAAGAGUGGGGAGUCCAGUCACCCUCACUCCUGAUACAAGGACCUGUGUUCGGUUCACCCACAAUGUGGGUCCCCUGGGUGACGAGAUUCUGGAAAAUACUGAUGCCAAUCGAAGGCUUGGUCUUGCCCUUUCCUGCACAAAACUCGUGGCUCUACGGGGUCUGCUGUUGUACAGAGGAAGAAGGGCGGAGUAUGCAGUGACAGUGAAACUUUUCUCCCAUUUAGGGGAUGUCCUUCACGAAGAGACAGUCCAGCUGACAACCUCUGAAGGACAGGAAACAACGUCCAUUGAGUUUGGUAGACCCGUGGUACUGGAACCCGGUCUGAUAUAUGUCCUGAGUGUCCAGACAGCUUCCUACAGUAGGUAUUAUGGUGCCGGUGGGUCCAUUCAGAUCAAAAAUGGGGCAGAAAUAUUUACGUUCUAUGAAUGUCCACUCCCUGACCACUCUUCGUCCCUCUCACAGGGAGACCUGCCUGGAAUAUUAUACUCAGCUGAUACUGGUUAGCUAUGGUCACAUUGGGAGGAAACAGCGCGAUUGAUUGGAGAUAUUGAUUGGUGUGUUGGUGAGUUUUAUACAACCCACCUAUGAAGAUCCGGAUUAGGAUGCAUGUAAAAAGAAGCGAUCGGGUGGUCAGGCUCGCUGACUUGGUUGACACAUGACAUCGUAUUCUAAUUGCGUAGAUCGAUGUUUAGGAUGUCAGUCACUGGAUUGCCUGGUCCAGACUCGAUUUAUAUUCAGAAUGGAACAUCCCUCAACAUUUUGUUUAGGCUCUUCGAUAACUACUAGAAUAGAUAUUAACAUAUACGUUCAUGACAUUGAAAACAUAGAGGAACCUUCGUUAACAAUAAAGGACUUUUAACACAUAA